AACCACUCAUCGUUCCAUUCAGUGCACUGAGAACCUCAACGAUGGCCAGAAGUUUGGAUGUUACGAGAGGAGGGCUGGGCCUGACCUUUGCCCUGCUACUACUACUGCUUUGCCAGCUUGUCCGGGCGGAGAUUAUCGAUGCGGAGGAAACGGACCGCUUCUGCUAUCCGGAGACCAUGAAGAACACGCGUCGCUCCUGCGAGUGCAGCAAUGUGAGUGCUUCGCCCUGGGGAAUGCGUGCCCUGCACAUCGACUGCAGCUACAAGGAGUACCGCGUGCGGGAUCUCUCCCUGCUGCUGCCCCUCUACGUGGACACGCUGGACCUGUCGUGGAAUGCCCUGGAUGCGGUGCCCAUCUUCACCAGCGACAGUCUGCAUCAGCUGAAUCUGAGGCACAACAAUGUUUCCCAGUUGCUGGCUGGCAACUUUAAGCAAUUGACUAGCUUAAGGGAGCUCUAUCUGGGCUGGAACAGCAUUGUCCGUGUGGAGGUUAACUCCUUCGAGGGUUUACCCCAUCUGCAGGUCCUCGACCUGGCCCACAACAAUCUGCACACGCUGCCCGCUCAACUUUUGGCCCCCCUUUUGGUGCUGGGCACCCUGGAUCUGUCCUGGAAUCGCCGUUUCAACGAGUCCGGCGGAGGAGAUUUGUACACCGCUCUGGGACUCAACUGGAAACUGGCCACCCUGCGACUGGAUGCCUGCAGUCUGGGUGAACUCCAGCUGCCCGUGAAUGCCCCCCUGAAGGAGCUCUCCCUGCGCCGGAAUCAGCUGAAGCGGAUACCCAGCCAACUGCCGGCCACGCUGCUGCGUCUGGACAUCAGUGACAAUCUGCUGGAGGAGCUGGUGCCCCGGGAUACGGUAAAUCUUACCCAGGUGCGUCAGCUCUACAUCGAGGACAUGCCGCUGCUGCAGAGCGUGGCGGCCCAUGCCCUGAACUCCGAUGUGCUGGAGACCUUGAGCUUCCAGAACAGCCGGCAACUGAGAAGCCUGGAUGCGGAGGCCUUUGGACCCAUCGCUAGAAGCACCACAAAGAAGGCCCUGCGGUCGCUGAGCUUUCGUGGCACUCUGCUGCGCUCCUUUAAUUCCACGCUGGCGCCGCUUUUUACGCAGCUUGCCGAGCUGGAUCUCAAUGGUCUGCCGCUGCAGUGUGACUGCGAGUUGGUCUGGCUGAAGCAGUUGCCCAUGCAGACGAAUGGCCGUUGCUACAAGCCAUCCCGCAUCCGCGGCAUGCUGGUCACCGCCGCCCGGAGCGAUGCCUUCAGCUGCGACACCUGGCCGCGUUGGGCCUACGGCCUCGUGGUGCUCACCCUCAUCGCCCUCAGCGCCGCCGGCAUCUACCUGAUCGUGAUGGGGCUGCGACCGCACCGCGGAGUGACCAUGCGCCGCAAGGUGGGCGCCAGCAGUCCCUACGCCCGCGUCACCAUCGAGCCCAAUCGCCAGGAGAACCCCCACUAGAGCACGCCAAGUCAACUACCACCUAGGUUCCUGUAUUUAAUAGCACUUCAGUAGACAGUAAGACCACUUAAAAUGACAGAAAACACUUCAAAACUAAAAAUUCAAAAAUAAAUGAAAAUGAGUAGAACAAGGCGUGCCUACUUCACUACUAAAUUUAA